GCGGCGCCGGCGGGCUGGGCUGCGCGGUGCGGACCCCGGCGCGCGGUCCGGGUUGCUGGGGCGGCGCCUAAGAUGCCUCUGAUGGAGGAGUUUCUGGGAAGUACCUCUGGGCCAGUGGCUUUGAACGAGAGCUCAAAGCAGAGACUAUUCAAAGCUCUGGACAUCGCAUCCUGAGGGCUGCCGGAGAAGAGAAUAUGGCUGUGAGUUUAGAUGACGACGUUCCCCUCAUCCUGACCUUGGAUGAGAGUGGUGGUGCCCCACUAGCUCCCUCCAACGGCCUGGGCCAAGAGGAGCUGCCUCGCAGAAAUGGAGGCAGCUAUGCCGUCCACGACUCCCGGGCCCCCAGUCUAGGCUCAGGGGGUGAGAGUCCCCCAUCGAGCCCCACCGGACACAACUGGGAGAUCAACUAUCAAGAGGCAGCAAUCUACCUCCAGGAAGGCGAGAAUAAUGACAAGUUCUUCACCCACCCCAAGAACGCCAAAGCGCUGGCGGCCUACCUCUUCGCACACAACCACCUUUUCUACCUGAUGGAGCUGUCCACGGCCCUGCUCCUGCUGCUGCUCUCCCUGUGUGAGGCCCCCGCCGUCCCCGCGCUCCGGCUCGGCAUUUACGUCCACGCGACCCUGGAGCUGUUCGCCCUGAUGGUGGUUGUCUUUGAGCUCUGCAUGAAGUUGCGGUGGCUGGGCCUCCACACCUUCAUCCGACACAGACGGACCAUGGUCAAGACCUCCGUGCUGGUGGUGCAGUUCAUCGAGGCCAUCGUGGUGCUGGUACGGCAGACAUCCCACGUGCGUGUGACCCGGGCUCUGCGCUGCAUUUUCCUCGUGGACUGUCGGUACUGCGGCGGCGUCCGGCGCAACCUGCGACAGAUCUUCCAAUCUCUGCCGCCCUUCAUGGACAUUCUCCUGUUGCUGCUCCUCUUCAUGCUUAUCUUCGCCAUCCUUGGUUUCUACUUGUUCUCCUCUAAUCCUUCGGACCCCUACUUCAGCACCCUGGAGAACAGCAUCGUCAGUCUCUUUGUCCUUCUGACCACAGCCAAUUUCCCAGAUGUGAUGAUGCCCUCCUACUCCCGGAACCCCUGGUCCUGUGUCUUCUUCAUCGUCUACCUCUCCAUCGAGCUGUACUUCAUCAUGAACCUGCUUCUGGCCGUGGUGUUCGACACCUUCAAUGACAUUGAGAAACGCAAGUUCAAGUCUCUGCUGCUGCAUAAGCGAACCGCCAUCCAGCAUGCCUACCGCCUGCUCAUCAGCCAACGGAGGCCCGCCGGCAUCUCCUACAGGCAAUUUGAAGGCCUGAUGCGCUUCUACAGGCCCCGGAUGAGUGCCAGGGAGCGCUAUCUGACUUUCAAGGCCCUGAAUCAGAGCAACACAUCUCUGCUCAGCCUGAAGGACUUUUAUGAUAUCUACGAGGUUGCUGCCUUGAAGUGGAAGGCAAAGAGAAACAGGGAACAUUGGUUUGAUGAGCUUCCCAGGACAGCGUUCCUCAUCUUCAAAGGAAUUAAUAUCCUUGUGAAGUCCAAGGCCUUCCAGUAUUUCAUGUACUUGGUGGUGGCCGUCAACGGGGUGUGGAUCCUCGUGGAGACCUUCACGCUGAAAGGCGGGAACUUCUUCUCCAAGCACGUGCCCUGGAGUUACGUCGUCUUCCUGACGAUCUACGGGGUGGAGCUGUUCCUGAAGGUUGCUGGCCUGGGCCCCGUUGAGUACCUGUCCUCCGGGUGGAAUCUGUUCGACUUCUCUGUGACCGUGUUUGCGUUCCUGGGACUGCUGGCUCUGGCCUUCAACAUGGAGCCCUUUUAUUUCAUAGUGGUCCUGCGUCCCCUCCAGCUGCUGAGGUUGUUCAAGCUGAAGAAGAGGUACCGCAACGUGCUGGACACCAUGUUUGAGCUGCUGCCGCGCAUGGCCAGCCUGGGCCUCACCCUGCUCAUCUUCUACUACUCCUUCGCCAUCGUGGGCAUGGAAUUCUUCUGCGGCAUUCUCUACCCCAACUGCUGCAAUACCAGCACAGUGGCCGACGCCUACCGCUGGCUCAAUCACACCGUGGGCAACGGGACUGUUGUGGACGAAGGCUACUAUUAUCUCAAUAACUUUGACAACAUCCUGAACAGCUUCGGGGUGCGGUCCAGGCCAGACGCGAGCCCUCACUCACCGCCAGGUCUCACUCCUGGGAGCAGAAGAGCCCCGCGCUUUGCCGGAAGGGUGACCUUGUUCGAGCUCACAGUUGUCAACAACUGGUACAUCAUCAUGGAAGGUGUCACCUCUCAGACCUCCCACUGGAGCCGCCUGUACUUCAUGACUUUCUACAUCGUGACCAUGGUGGUGAUGACGAUCAUCGUUGCCUUCAUCCUCGAGGCCUUCGUCUUCCGAAUGAACUACAGCCGCAAGAACCAGGACUCGGAAGUUGACGGAGGCAUCACCCUGGAGACGGAGAUCUCCAAAGAGGAGCUGGUUGCCGUCCUGGAGCUCUACCGGGAGGUGCGAGGAGCCACCUCGGACGUCAGCCGGCUGCUGAAGGUCCUCUCUCAGAUGGAGAGACACGAGCAAAACUCCGUGGUGUUUCUGGGACGGAGAUCGAGGACCAAAAGUGACCUGAGCCUAAAGAUGUACCAAGAGGAGAUUCAGGAGUGGUUCGAGGAACAUGCCCGUAAGCAAGAGGAACAGCGGCGACAGCUCAGCGGCAGCCGCCAGGCCCCCUCCACCCCGCAGCUCCCAGGCAGCCGCCAGCGCUCCCAGACCAUCACCUAACCCCAGCCUGCGGCAGCCAUCCCUUCUAUGCAAUAACACAAUAGUAUUAUUUUACUACGAUGUAUUGAAGAAAAAAAAAAAAAAGGUGUGUGUGUGCGCGCGUGCACACACACACGCACACACACACCCAUAUAUAUGCACAUAUUUAUAUAUAGGAAGAGAAAAAGACAAGACGGGGUUUGCUGUGCAACCACCUUGCCCUGUCUUCCUUAACCCCAGAAGUCACUUUGGUUUGGGGGGCGGUCAGGCCACCGUGAGCUCUUCCUAAUGUGGAAAGUUCCAGAAGGCCUCUUCAGAAGAAGAGCACUUGGAUAGAUCCUGCCGAUCUCUGCAGGGCUCGCCUUCAAAGUGGGCCAGCCCCUCCCCAGGCCAGAGCCAGACCGUCUUCCCGAUGCUGCUCUCACACUCACGUCCCAGCUGACAGCUUCCCCAGUAACUUUCCCUGUGGCCCGCGUCACGGGGUUUCUGUGCCCUGCUUUAGGGACGAAACCACUUAGGAUGGAAAGAACCUACAUCCUCGGGGUUAGUAUUUCUAUAUAUAUGAUAAUGUAAUAGAACAUUCCUUUGGGGGAGCAGUGCCUAGGUCCUAAUGGAAAGAGUAAUCAAGGGGUGUGAUUAUACCCGUGUGGUCAGAUCCCAAUUAGCCGGCGCUGGGCAGCGCGAGAUUGUGCGAAUUUCACAUCCUGGCUCUGUAAGCCUUCUCUCCCACAUCCCACGCUUCCUUCGGUUUAACCCUUGUUGCUGCAAAUCCUGACAUGGCCUCCUUGAGAGCCUCGGCCCAGCGGGAGGAGGAAAGCGAGAAGAGGCCAGGCUGACGGCUACCACCCCGGACCAGUUCCCGAGAUGGGCUUUCUCCACCAAGUCCCUUUUCCUUGCGAUCGUCUUGUUCAAGCAGAGACACAUCUUGGGUAACACGGGAUUCUGCUAAAGACAGCGGCAGCCCCUUCACAUCGUGCAUUAGGUUCUGCUGCUGGGAAGGGGCCUACUGGGACGUCCACAGCAGCCCUGUGGCUGGGCCCCUGCCAGUCCACGUGGACCGCUCCCCCCCCCCCCCCGCGCCUUGAGCAGUCACCUCCGUGGACUCGACCGAGGCCAGAACGGGGGCGGGGCGGGGGUGGGUGGGUGGUGCACAAGUAGGUCGGGUUGAGCUCUCGGUUAACCGAGCUCCCCCGUGUCUCGUGGGAGUGCUCGCUGAGGUCGGCAUGGCUGGGGCAGGGCCGGUGCUCGAAUCCAGAGAAGGCGGUUGGGGGGCCGCUUCAGUGGGCGCGGCAGAAGCGGUGUCAGAGCACAGGGAGCUCCAAGGUCAGCUCUCCUGGGCUGCCGACCCAGCCUGGGCUUCCUGCCCCUCCCCCGGCUUCCCAGCUGCCUCCACUGCCUUCCAGAACUUAGCAAGGUGGGUGGGCAGAAGGUCCUCGGCCUGAUCCCAGGGGUGCCAUGCUGGCUCGCCCCCUUCCCCCCAGUCUCUCCCCGGCCAUCUGCAAGGCCGAGCCUUCUCGGGCGGCCCCGAUGACGCUGCACAGCUGUGCCCCUCCCGGGGGGGGGGUGGCUUUGUUUUUAAAGCACAGCCCUUUGGGGAAACAAUGAACCAGUGAGACCUCCAUGGGGCAUCAGGAGACUGGCAUCGUCCUCUCCGGCUCUGGAGGGGCACCAGCCAAUCCAGGCAGCCCUGCACCAGGCCGUAACCCUCUGCCCUCUCCAGAGAAGGAACUUUAUUUAUUUGCACAAUUGGGUGCCUUUUAGCAUUUGUGUAUUGAAAUGGGUAUUUUGGAAGCAGGAGUCGAGGGACAGCUUACAAAGGAGGAUAGGUCCCCUGCCCUCAGUGCCUGGGCCUCAUUCUAGUCCCUUCCCCCCGGGAACCGGGGAGGGGCCCCAGGGUCGUUGAGGCCCCCGGUGUGGGGGAUGGGAUGGAUGCCGCGGGCCAGACUCCCGUUGGCAGUGGGCGCCCUUGUCAUUGAGGCUAAGGACGGCUGGCCCCUGGGGGUCACCCAGGACAUCAUGCAGCUCGCAUGCCGUCACCUCCCACGUCACAGCUGAAUGAAACCGAGGUCCGCCUCGCCAGCCCGCCCUGGGCCCCGCAACCUGCCAGCAGCCGCGAUGGCACUGUGCCCUGCCCCGCUUUGGGGGCACGCCAUCUGGUCCCUCCUCCUUGCUUCCCUCCCCCCACCCAGCCUUACUCCACACCAUGUGACAAUCAUUUUGUAUGGAUAGCGGGAGCGACGCUGCAAGGUUUUGUACGUCGGUGUUUUGUUACCUAGAGAACCCGCCGUGUCUCCGGAUUUGUGGCACAUUAAUAAAGGCCUCUGCUUUGUAAACGU